GCUUAUCCCUCUUUGUCCGGUGGCGACAGAAGGCCGCGAUAAUUAUGGCAAAAUUUGCGUUUUUGAAUGAAUUAUAGUUGAACGGUGGACCAACAAGCAUACACCGUGUGAGGACUGGUUUGCUGGCAAUGACACACCAGAGAGUUUCAAUUUAAAGGACAGCAGAGCAAGCAACGGAGAAAGGUCAUAUUAGCUAAUGGCUGCCGAAUCGGGGAGACUACUGGCGGGACAAGGAAAACGAAAAGCUCCACAGAUGAAGAGCCCAGAGAAGAAGAAGAGAAAGUCCACGACUCAGGCGGCGGGGUUCUCCCACCUCACUGAGUUUGCGCCCCCUCCUACGCCUAUGGUGGACCAUCUGGUCGCCUCCAAUCCCUUUGACGAUGACUUUGGGCCCCCACCCAGACCUAGUGGGGCAGGUGGACCAGGUGGCGCUCCAUUUCUUCCCAGUCCAGGCGCUGGCGGAGGAGGUGGGUAUGGAGGCGGAGGCAGAAUGGGGGGAGGCAUGAACUUCAUGGGAGGCCCAGGAGGACCAGGCGGUGGCCAGCCUGGGCGAAGGCCACCAUUUGGCCCUCCGUCCAAUGCCGGACCCCACCACCAGCUUGGCUUUGGAGGAAUGCCUGGCUUUGGAGGUGGCGGUGGAGGUGGAAGUGGAGGAGGGGGAGGAGGAGGAGGUGGUGGAUUCCCUCCUGGGGGACCUUCUCAAUUCAACAUGCCGCCAAACUUCAGUCCACCCAUGCACCCUGGGCCCGGAUUUAAUCCCAUGCUGUCUCCAGGAGCUAUGGGAGGCCCUGGAGGAGGGGGGCCGCCCCACCCUCGUUUUGGCAUUCCUCCACAGCAGCAGCAUGGACAGGGCGGGCACCCAUUCAACAGCCCUCCUUUACCUGGUGGUGGAGGCCCGAGAGGGCCCUUGCCUCCCAUGGGAGGCGGUAUGGGUCCUGGGAUGAACAUGAUGGGUGGCAUGGGUGGCGGCCCAGGUGGCAACAUGGUCGGUGGGUUGCCAGGUAUGCCCCCACAAGGACAGUUUCCUCCCUCACAAGAUGGCCCAUACCCUGGCCCCAGUCCACCCGGGCCAGGCAAUGAGGAUGGAAAGAACUUUGGUGGAGGAGGGCCACCACCAGGGCCUCAGCAGCAACAGCAACAACAACAGCAGCAGCAGCAACAGCAGCAGCAGCUUAACCUAAAUCCCAACGGCCCUCCCCCUAAUAACACCACUCCUGGCCCCCCUCCUAACUCUGGCCCGACACAGCCUGGAGGAGGCUUCCCAGGCCACCCUGAUGUCCAGCAGCCCAAUGCCAACACACCUGGGCAGCCUCCAUCAGCACCAUCACAGCCUAACCCCAACUCUUCUCCCACUGGUCCCCUGAAUGGAUCGGGGCAGCCUCAGCAUCCACCACCCAAUCAGCUGCAGGCCCCCAACAACACAAACACCCCUAACUCUAACAACUCUACCCAGCAGCAGCAGCAGCAACAGUCCACUCCACCUAACUCCGCCCCGGGCUCCACUCCCUACAACCAACAGAACAACACUCCUGGUGCUGGUGGUUCCAUGCCAAAUGCUGCCAACAAUUCAGGUCAGAACAACAUGACCAACAACAAUGGAGGCAACACUCCCGGAAGCAACCCAAAUCCCCCCUCUAACUCCACCUCAACUCCAAACACCCAGUCUCCCCUUCCUCCCGGCCCUGCUGCCCCUUCCACCGGGCCCGGUUCUGGCCCCGGAAAACUCGGUGGCCCUGGGAUGGUCUUCCCUUGCGGCCUCUGCAUGGCAGAAGUGCACGACGACCAGGAUGCCAUUCUUUGCGAGGCUUCGUGCCAACGCUGGUUCCACCGUGACUGCACAGGCCUGACAGAACCAGCGUACGGGCUGCUGACUCGAGAGAGCGCUGCCGUUUGGGCUUGUGACUUCUGCAUCAAGAGCAAGGACAUCCAGGCGGUGUUUGUGCGCCAGGGUUUAGGCCAACUGGUGGCAGCUAAUGAGAGUUGAGGAGUAGAUGAGAAGCAGCAGCAGCAGCAGCAUCAAGGCGUGGCCGCGUACAGACAAUUACAGACUGAUUGACCUGUGUGUCAUGUCAGCUACUUGCCCAACUUUCUCUUGACCAGCCCUUUACUUGUUAACUCCACAGAGAAACACACUCAUUGACUUUCAUGCUUAUACAUAGCACUUUGAGUGACUCUCGGCAAACGUUGUUUCUUCCCCCUCUAUAUGAGUCAAAUCAUGAUGAAUGUUAAACUACACAGUCCUUCAGAUAUCUGGCCUGCCAACCAGCAAAGCACUGACACCAACACACUACCUCACAUAGUUUGUGACUGACUGGCACGGACGCUCCCGCACUGACUGCGAUUGACUGGUUACACUCAUUUCAAAGGUGUGUGAUGAUAUUUCAAACACACAAAUUCAGGCGGGGAAUCUAGUGUUGAAAUACUCCCCUACCGUACUGAUUGAUACAGCGAGCUUUAAUAAAUGGAGAAAAAAAAAAAGGCUUCUGAACAUCUAAACAGACGUUUCAUAUGUUAAUUGAUUCACUGCUUAAUUACUUUGCUACCAAAAUGCUUCAGUCGAGCACUGCCCUAUCACAUUGUCAGCCUUUCUAUUACAGACAAAUGAGAGAAAAAAAGUAAAAAGCGUCAUAUAUUGCAGUAUAAAAAGCUCUGUAUUGAGUGUAAUAUGAAACACGAAUCAGCUGGGGCAAGAAUCUUGUUUUUAUUUAGUUUUGUUUUGUUUUUUUUCUUCUUUUCACGAGUCCCGCACCUUCACACAUUCGUACAUACACACACUUUGACUCGUCCUGUAUCAUUUUGUACCCAGUGCUGAUUAAUCCAAAGGAGACCCGGGAGCUGAGAUCACAUCAGCACCUCACACAGAGGAUCUCGCCACCGAGAACAGUUGUAAAUAUUAGGACAAAAAAACAUUUGUCUGGAAACGCCCAUCAGUUGUGAACAUGCCGCAGAGUCAGCCAGUGAACAAAACGAUUAGUUCAACAUAUGUGUCUUGGUUGUGUACAGUAUGACGGUUUUUAUACAGUACUUUUGAGUCAUGAAUUUGUUUCUAUCUCUGCAGUACACAUGAAUUGUGAAAUCAGUGCUUUUGGAUGGUGUUGGCAUAGCAAGUAGUGACAUCAUGUCAUAUCAGAUGUGCAUAGUCCUUUUUCUAAAAACAAAACAAAAAAAGCAGGGAGAGGGGGGGUGCAUGUGAACCAAUGCAGUAACUGUCUGAUCUGUUGAUGUUUAUAUUCUGGUUUCUGCGCCGUGAGAGACCUUGAAGUAGACCAAAUAACUAAAGAGCGAAAAAAAAUACACUUUUUUCACGUUUCUGUCGCGGUAUAAGGUGUUUAUGACUAUUUCUUCCUUCUCUCUUUCCUUAUUUUUCUUCAUUGGAUGUCCGAGUUGCCUUUCUUUCUCUUGCUCUCAGCUGUUCCUUUUGAUUUUGUACUGUUGUUUGUGCUGUGCUCUUGCUCCGCUCUGGUGCCUCCUGGUGGUUGAACCUGGAGGAACCAGUGAGUCCCACACCAGGUGGGGAAGGGAAAGGUACUGAAAUCUGAAGUAAAGACGGAUUUUUUUUUUGUA